AUGGAAGACUAUGUGCAGGCAGCUUCUAAAAAUAAGUCUGACAACAUAUGCCGAUCAGCCGGUGUGCUCAAGUUCGACUCGGAGACGUACCCCAUGCAACGCACGAAUGGUAUGGAAGUCUGUAGUAAAUAUCUCAAGAGCACGUGCUGCAAUGCCACACAUAGUCACGCUCUUCGGUUAAAGAUUCGAGAGCCCGUUGUAGCAAAGUUCAGCCCCAAGUGUCAAGCUCUUACAGAGGAAAUGACGUGUUCGUCGUGUCACCCUUUGAUGGGCACAUGGGAAAUGAAAACCGUUUGCCCGAGUCUGUGUAAUGACUGGUACCGAGUCUGCAAGAACGAGUACUACGCUUACAGUGGUUCUGGCACACUGACUCCUUGUUAUGGCAACGCACUGGUGUGCUCACAGCUCAAGGCGAUCGCCGACUCUGGUGCAGACUUUUGCGUCCACAUGGGCUUUCACGUGGGUAGCGACGCGGAUGCAGAGGGUAUCGACUGCUUCGACGGAUCUGUACCAGAAGUAAUAGGUGAGACAGAGCCUACUGAACCGUGGCAAGUGCGUCUCCAGCGUAUGCUGGAAGACGAGGCCAAGAACCCAUCAGGAUUGUUCAUCGCAGGCGUCUUCAUUCUCAUCACAAUGAUGCUCAUGGGAAGCAGGCUUGCAAGAAAACUUGGUGACCCGUUUGGCGGUGACCAACUCAGCCUGAUGGAGCAGCAGCAGCAGAGUGGCGAGGAGAUGGAGCCACCAUCACCUGCUGACCAAGCGACGGAUGAAACUACCAUUUCAGCUGCCUCAUAA